AUGGCGAGAAUCUGUUGCUUCCUGCCGUCCCACAAGAUUCUACUUCCUACUGCUAGAUUUCAUGGCGUCCAAUGCUGCUCCAGUGACCCCCAGAGCAGCCAGAGGAAACAAGCCCAGACCCCAAAAUUCUUGAAGCUUGCUGUCACUGGAGUUACUGAGCUUAUAAGACUCUUCUCUCCACAUGUUCAAGAAAGAAUGGAUACUGUAAAGGGAAGGGUGGAUAGCAUUAAGGUUUCUGACAUAGAUGACAUUCUAAGGGUUAUCAAGUCUGACUAUGAGAAAGCUUACUUUGUAACAGGAGUCUUCACUGAAGAAAUUUAUGCAGAUAAUUGCACUUUUGAAGAUCCAACUAUCAAAUUUCAAGGACGAGAUUUGUACUUGCGCAACUUGAAAUUGCUUGUACCUUUCUUUGACAAUCCAUCCAUAAUCCUGAAUAAGAUUGAAAAGGUUCUCACUUCAGAUAGAGAGAACAUAGUUGCAUCAUGGAGGCUAAGAACUUGCCUCAAGCUUCCUUGGAGGCCUAUUAUUUUGGUAAAUGGAAAAACAGUCUACGACAUUGAUGAAGAGUUAAGGGUUAUGGGGCAUGUUGAGAGCUGGGACAUAAGUGCACUUCAAGCUGUUGGACAGAUAUUUACUCCUGGAUUUUUGAGCUCAAGUAGUGAAUGA